CGUCUUUCAAAGUCCUCCCCAGAGUCCUCCCAGACUUUCCAGUCUUGAAGCUUGCUUCUUUACCCCCAUCCCACAACAACAACCUACCCACCCCUCAGCAACCUCAAUAAUAAUGUCAUCCGCGACACCCGCCCCCCAAACGCAAGCCCAACCCAUCUCACCCACCUCGCCUACCUCCUCCUCAAACUCGCAGUCGCCGCAGCCCGGCGACCCCCUACCGCCCACCAACGAUCUUAAACUGCUUGUGACCGAUGUGUUGAGGAAGAGGGGUGUGUUGGGGAGUUUGAAGGCCCAAUUACGCCAAACAGUCUUCUCGAUCCUUCACGACCCCGACCAUGUGAAUGACACUGUGCCGUUUAAGAAUGGGAAGAUGGAGUUGAUGUGGAGGACUAAGGAAGGUCGGACAGCACUUUACUUAGUUCGGGAUCUGCUCAAGGCGCUGGAUUUGCAUUCAACUUUGGCUGUGUUUGAUCCGGAGAUUGAUAUCGGCCGAGAUCUCGACGAACUCAACGAGGAGAAGCAAACGCUAAAGUCGCUAGGUCUUUCCAACCCCACCACCGCACGCAACGGCAAACCGGCGCUUUACCGUUUACUGGAGUUGAAUAGCACCAAUGCUACUGCCGCCGCCAAAGCUGCCGAGACGAUGUCGCCGAAGAAUUCCGUCACUCCGCCUCCCACGACGGCGAGUGUGGCCGCGACGCAGCAUCCCUCACCCACGCCGUCGGGCCCACCUCCCACGAAGCAGUUGCCGCUGCCGCCUCCUGCCCCGGCUCCGGUAAUGACGAGGGUGGCGGCGACCACGGCCACAAACCCCGAUAACUAUGAGGAUGAGUCGUUCGAGAUGGAUGCUCAAGUAGUAGGCAGGGAAGAGACAGCCGCCCAACGUGGAGCACCACCUGCUAUUCCCGAUCCGAACCCGACUCUGGCGAAACAGCUUUCGCCGCCCUUCCCGAGCCCUAACCCUACGUCCCGCCUGCAACCCCUCGCUCCACUCCCUUCUCUGUCCAAACAAUCCUCCGACCCACUUCCCAAACCCACCACAUCAACAGUUCAAUACCCACCUCCGCCCCCUGCCACCGCCACGAGCGCCGCCUUUGACCACGCGACCGAAAUCGAAGACAUCAGCGAAGACCUCAACAUCAACGACAUCCUCGGGUCGGACUCUGAUGACGAUGACAGGGACAUGAUGUAUAACGAGGACGAGGACGAUGAGGAGCGACAUGGCGGGCUGGAUGUGGAUGCGGAGGAUUUCUUGUUGAGGAGUGGUGGACGGUUUAAGAGUGAUGCGAAGAAGGGGAGGGGUGGGGAGAGGGAGGAGACGGUGGGGAAAGAGCAGGGUAAGAAGGAGACGGUUGUUGUGGAUAGGGGGAGGACUGGGUUUCCGGUGAGUUUUGUGAACGGGUGAGCGAAGAUUUGAGUGAUUGAGGCGGGCUUUUUGUAACCUGUUGGUCGUUUUCCCAUUAGUCGGAUGCGGAUCUCGUCACUAGCGACCGUUCGGUGAGCCCGUACGGGACGGGCGAUGAGUAUGACCAUGAAGAGUUGGUGGAGUUUGAGUUCCCCAAAUGAGAUUGGGUACUCUCCACGCGUUCGCUUGCUUUCCAGUUGGCUUGUGAUGAUGCUUUUCGAAACCCCUUUUUGUGUGACUAGUUGUUUUUGGUCGGAUUUUGGGAUGGGGACUGCUGCGACAGUCUAUAUGAUAGUCGCUGUUCAUUGUUGUUGUUGGGUGGGACGAUAUAAACUUUCCUGAAGUACAGUAUGUGUUUUCCCCAUGAUCAUUACUACGUAUGUCCUCGAGUCUAAGAUGUUGCCAGGGUUAUGCGAUUGCAUUUAGCCGCG